AUGGCUGAAAAGUCCCCGACCCCAGACGCCAACCCAACGCUUACGCAGCCUCCCGCGCCCGUCAUGGCCCCUCCCGAGAAGUCAUCCAGCUUCCUCAAGGUCAUCGCCUUCUUCGACCUGCUCGUCAAGCUCGCCGCGACAGGCGCCCUGUUCGGCAUUCUCGUCAUCCUCCUGCGCAUCAGCUCUCACCUCGGGGACAUCACCAGCGGCGAGACACCAAUGGUAGUCAGGAUCUCGCAACAAUUCGACUCAACGCCCAUUCGCGUGGCGGCAUCGCAGGAGUCGACGGCGGGUUAUUUCCAGGUUGCUUUGACGAAUAGCAUCAACAAUCCGGUUCAUUUCAAGGUGGAUGAAUAA